CCAGCGUCUAGAGGUCUCUAUCAUAGUUGCAUAAUGAACGAUGCUGCGAUUCGGAAUACGCCCUACCAAAUUGGAUUGUUCGAUCCUGCGCAUGUAAACAGGCAAUCUCCCGGUACGACUUUGUCUUCAGACUCUGUGAUACGCUGUGAUCCUCCUUGGAAACCUACGAAUACUCACUACGAAUACGGCAUCAUCGGGCUUCAUAAAGAGAUCAAAGAUUUUUACAGCUACAUUUCUCCAACACUAGAAGAACAGACUGUUCGAGAGCUCGUAGUCUUGAAGGUUAAGGGUGUAAUUCAUGGCCUGUGGCCGGAUUGCCAGGUCGAUGUAUUUGGAAGUUUUAGUACUGGCCUUUAUCUCCCAACAAGUGACAUAGAUAUGGUAAUAUUUGGAAGAUGGGAGGCUUUACCUCUUUACACCCUUGAACGGAGACUUCUUGAGUCUGGCCUGACUUCCGAUAUCAAGGUUUUAGAUAAAGCCACGGUUCCUAUCGUUAAAAUGACUGAUAAAGACACGGAAGUCCGUGUUGAUAUUAGCUUUAAUAUGGCGAAUAGUGUCCGUGCCGUUGAUUUGAUUAAAAGGUAUGUUCGUACCUACCCCUGCCUUCCAUACCUUGUCUUCGCUUUAAAGCAAUUUCUUUUACAACGUGAUCUCAAUGAGGUGUGGACGGGCGGUCUUAGUUCAUAUGCCCUGAUCCUUAUGUCGGUCCGUUUUUUACAGGCAAGUGAUUCUGUCCGUCCAAAUAUUACAUAUGAACACAUAAAUCUGGGAAGCCUGCUUGUAGAGUUUUUUGAGUUGUAUGGAAGGAAGUUUAACUAUGAAACUACUGCAAUUCGUGUUUUGGAUGGCGGAGUCUAUGUGCGAAAAGAGUUUUUGUAUCCGAAUAUGAGUCUUUCUUCGCGACCAUCAAUUCUAUGUAUUGAGGAUCCACUCUGUCCUACUAAUGAUGUGGGUAGACGGUCCUAUGCAAUGUUUCAAGUCAGACGGGCCUUCGAGCAUGCUUAUAUCGCUUUGAGUAGUGCUCUGCUUCCUCAUUACUUCAAUCAAAUGUCUCAUCAAACAGCUCUCAGCCGAAUCAUUAAUAUUUCCCGACAUGUGAUUGAGAAACGACAACGGAUAGCAGAUUACGCAAAUCGUCUGCGAACAUCCUUGCAAUCCAGUAUGGCUAUACCAGUUGCCCUGUUGCCUCAUAUUUCUGGAACGUUUGCUGGGGUAUCGGGACAACCUAGUCCAUCUUCUAGCCAAUUUGCUUCAUCUCCCGCAAUUUCAAAUACACGGAAUCCUAUUUCCUGGUCAGAUCUGCCUUUUUUAAGCACUGGUGUCGUGUCUACAUCGUCUAAUUUGAAUGGACUCGUCACAACUUCAACUUCAACCCCGACAUCUGAUGCCCCAUCCAUCACAUUCUGCCAUCCUCUUACUUAUCCUACAAUCUUUGCCCCUCAGGUUCCUUUUUCUCGUUUGCCUAGCAUUGGCAGCAACAUGCCUGGGACCCAGUUAUUUUUAGUGGGCGGUAGUGUUUCAUCAAAUUCAACUCGAGGCGAGGCUUCUAAUCGACUGAAUGCGCAUCCCGUCGCGCUUAAUCUAUCUUCAACGCCGUCCAUGUCAACUGUAGAUGAUACUCCACAAGGUCUCUCACGUCCAAUCCAUUCACGGCAACUGGUUCAGCAAAUGCAUUCUUUCACUGCAAACUUAGAGCACCAGCCACUCCUAGCAGCUAUCUUUAAUCAUUUGCCUUCAGGCUCUCCUUACUCAUCCUCCGCACGUGCUGUCACACCCUUCGGAUUUGGUUUUCCAUCCCAUUCUUCUGUGCUGCCCGUUCCGUCUAUUCUGCCUAGAAAUGCCACUAGUCUGUAUGCCCUUCUGCCGCUUGUGCAACCGUUUUCUUCUAUACAAUCUGAUAAUUCAUCAGUAAAUUCUGAUUCCCCUCUUAUGUUCAAAAUGAAUGAUCAAGUCUCUUCAGCCGCAUCCCCUAUUCUGCUACAUGCUUUGGCUGUACCGGUAGCUGGCCUACCUGGUCCUCCAAUUAUGGAUUCUCGUGUUUCACAACAGCCCAUCCAACAAAAGGACUCGGUGCUUAUCGCUGAUUCCUUUGAUAAGGACAAUCCUGUUCCUCAGAACGCAAUAUCUGGAACUUAUCGCUCGGAUAUUUCUACUAUUUCGAAGGCUCGUGGUCAUUCAGCUGAUCCAAACACUUUGGAAACAUCAGGUCUAAAUCUUUUAUGGAAAGAGGACGGAAUAAGGCGCAUGACUGACACAAGAAAGUUAGGAUUAAUUGAUUCUAGUCUCCGUCGGGUUAACUCUGAGAAGUCAUUUUGUUUAUCCCAGUCAGGGGUCCAAGAAGUCGACUUUGCCGGCCGGAUUGUCGAUCUUUCUUCACUUGACUUGAGUCCUGUCGCUUGCAGAGAUGAACAUUCUUCAAAUACUUCUACGGUAUCAUCUGGUUCAAAUCAGAGUUCUUUGUACUCUAUGGACGCGGAUGUAAAUGAUGAGUUUAGGCUUGACGACUACUCAGUUUCGCAUGCCGAAGUUGGCGCGUUAAUUGCGCAGGUGAAUACAGAAGAUACUUGUCAAAAACCAUCCAAUACAUUUAGCUUUCCACAGAACAAUAUUGAGUUUGUAUCCAAAGGUUCGCACAGUCCCAAACCUACAAGACGAACACUUCGCAGACCUCACCAGUCUCCUCUCUCCUCACAGCCACGCUCCGAGGAUCCAUUAAGCUGUAAAAUUACUCAUGAAAUGACUCCAGCUUUAGCAGUCGUGGAUUUAGCUUCUGACAACUCCAAGGUCCUAGCAGAGGGUGCAUCGACUUCGGUCUCCGCUAAAUACGUUGACACUCCAAAAUCGAAUGGCUCAUCUGUAAACCAUGCUGUCAAAACUUUAUCUGAUCAAAGUGCAAUACUUAUUCCCUUACAUCAAUCCGUUUCACGACGACGUAACCAACCCCAUAGAUUCUUUGGUCACUGA